UUCUUCACGUUUAUUAUGGUCAGCUGGAGAAGAUGCAUUCUGUCACUGUGUUGCAGGCUGAAGAGACUCACGAGUCGCAUCACAGAGUUGAACCUUAGCUGCAAUGCUCUGUCUGUACUUCCUUUUGAGCUGGGAUUGAGUGAAAACCUGCUGUACCUUGACUUACAGAAGAAUUCACUUGAAGACUUACCUCAGUCAUUUGAAAGUCUUUCAAGGCUAAGAGAACUAGUAAUAUCCUUUAACAAAUUUUCUGAAAUCCCUGACUGCGUGUACAAAUUAACAAGCCUUGAAAAUCUGAUUGCCUGUGACAAUCGUUUGACCGCGAUAGACGUAUCGGGAUUGUCGCAGCUGCGCAGGCUGGCCACCUUGCAUCUGGCCAAUAACGAUAUCAGUCAUGUGCCUCCAGAGCUGGGCAACAUGACACAGCUAAAGUGCCUGGAGCUGACUGGAAAUAGUUUCAGACAGCCUCGUCACGCGAUUUUAACCAAAGGCACCCCCGGCGUCUUGUCUUACCUGCGUGACCGAAUACCACAUAAUCAGCACUGAGUUACUGGAUUGGGAGCAUUUGUAAAUUAAUGUUGUGUUUCUACAGCACAAGAUUAGUUUCUGCAAAUAUAUCUUUUACUUUAGAAAUAUGGAUGAUGGUGGAAUACGUAAACCUUGGCAGCAGUGUAAAUAUUUUUAAAAGUUGUUUAUUCUGGCUAGAUGUGAGAGUGAAGAGGGUCUUACUCAUUGACUGAACAUAUAAAUUUGAUCUCCACAAAACUUUAAUAAUACGUUUAAGAUUUAUUGUGGACGAAAGGUUUUUUGAUAAAGCGAUAAUCUUGUUUCAAGGACUCUGUUGAUAUUGUCUGCUACUUUUAAAAUCUACUAGUAAAGUGAAGUAGAAACUGAAUGACAUGUGUUUGAGUGUAGUAUUAUUUAUCUUUUACUAUUGUUGAGUGUCUGAUAAUCAAGAAAGUACCAAUUUUGUGAUAAUAAUUAAUAACUUGAACAGAA